AUGGCUGAAGAAAACCAGACUCUGGUGACUGAAUUUGUCCUCACAGGACUUACAGAUCGUCCAGAGCUGCAGGUGCCUCUGUUCCUGGUGUUCCUGGUCAUCUACCUCAUCACCAUGGUGGGCAACCUUGGGCUGAUUGUGCUUAUCUGGAAAGAUACCCACCUUCAUAUCCCCAUGUACAUAUUCCUCAGCAGUUUGGCCUUUUCAGAUGCGUGUGCUUCAUCUUCUGUGACCCCCAACAUGCUUAUCAGUUUUUUAUUUAAGAAUCACAAAACAUCCCUGCUUGAAUGCUUUACUCAACUUUAUUUUUUUGGUUCUAGUGCAACUACAGAAUGUUUUCUCUUCUCAGUAAUGGCCUAUGACCGCUAUGUAGCCAUAUGUAAUCCCUUGCUUUAUCCAGUGAUGAUAUCCAACAUGCUCUGUAUUCAGUUUGUAGGUAUUUCAUAUUUGUUUGGUCUUCUCCAUUCAGUGAUUCACAUGGGUUUGCUAGUUAGAUUAACUUUCUGCAAGUCAAAUAUUAUACAUUUUUUCUACUGUGAAAUUUUACAACUGUUCAAAAUCUCCUGCAUUGAUCCUACAAUUAAUAUGCUUGUGAUUUUAAUCUUUUCUGCUUUUAUACAAGUCUUUACUUUUAUGACAAUUAUCAUAUCAUAUUCCUAUGUCCUUUUUGCGGUCCUAAGAAAGAAGUCCAAGAAGGGGAGUAGCAAAGCCUUCUCCACCUGCAGUGCUCAUCUGCUCUCUGUCUCUUUGUUCUAUGGCACUCUGUUCCUAAUGUAUGUGAGCCCUGGGUUUGGACCAACUGAAGAGCAGGACAAAAUGUAUUCUUUAUUUUACACAAUUAUAAUUCCCUUACUAAAUCCUUUUAUUUACAGCCUAAGGAACAAAGAGGUUAUAGGUGCCUUGAGGAGAAUAAUGAAGAAAUAA